GAGAGAGAGAGAGAUAUGGGGGUUCCAUCAUACUACAGGUGGCUGGUGAAAAAGUACCCAAAAGUGGUGGAGAAUGCAAAGGAGGAGGAGGAGAAGGGAGAGAUGGUGGACGCAAGCCAACCGAACCCAAAUGGGAGAGAGUUUCAUAAUCUCUACCUUGACAUGAACGGCAUCAUCCAUCCUUGUUUCCAUCCCUACGAUACUCUGGACCCACCGACGACUUUUGAGGAAGUAUUCAAAAGCAUUUUUGAUUACAUUGAUAGGAUUUUUUGGAUCGUGAGGCCUCGUAAUCUGCUAUACCUGGCCAUUGAUGGAGUAGCUCCAAGAGCCAAGAUGAAUCAACAACGUUCAAGACGUUUUCAGGCUGCCAAAGAUGCUGAACUUGUGGAAGCUGAGGAAGAAAGGUUAAGAAAAGAAUUUGCAAAGGAAGGAAAGAAACUUCUUUCCAAACAGGAAUCCCAAGUGUCAGAUUCUAACAUAAUAACUCCAGGAACAGAAUUCAUGUGUGAAUUAUCAAAAGCAUUACAGAACUAUAUCCUCUCAAGACUGAACAAUGACCCUGGUUGGAAAAAUAUCAAGGUUAUUCUUUCUGAUGCAAAUGUUCCUGGGGAGGGUGAACACAAGAUAAUGUCCUUUAUACGUGUGCAACGUAGCCUUCCCAAUUACAACUCAAACACCUGCCAUUGCUUGUAUGGUCUGGAUGCAGAUCUCAUAAUGCUAGCUUUGGCAACCCAUGAAGUCCAUUUUUUCAUAUUGAGAGAGGAUGUUCUCAUGCAAGAGAAGCCACCAAUAUGCCUUGAUUUAGUUAGAAACCAGCAUUGUAAUGCUGGAAACAAUUCAGUGAAGUCAAGGGGUUGGUUUUGUAAUGUGAAUGAGAAUAAUGGAAGAAAUACUUCUAAAGCUAGAAAGCCUUAUCAGUUCCUGAAUGUCUGGACUUUGAGGGAGCAUUUGGAGCUAGACAUGAAAAUUGAUGAUCCACCUACUGAGUUUGAUAUUGAGCGAAUCGUUGAUGAUUUCAUUCUUAUUUGCUUAUUUGUUGGAAAUGAUUUUUUGCCACACAUGCCUACAUUAGAGAUUCAUGAGGGGGCAAUUGAUUUGCUCAUGAGUGUCUAUAAACAAGAGUUCAAGAACCUGGGUGGCUACCUUGUUGAUAUGAGCAGAGUAGGGGAGAAAAAAUCACAGUACAUAAAGUUGAAGAGAGUUGAGAAAUUCAUACUUUCAGUAGGUGCAUAUGAAGAGAGAAUAUUCAAGAAAAGGUCUGAGUUAAGAGAGCGUAAAAUGAGAAGAAUCUUGUAUGAGAAUUCUCAAAUUGAAGCUGUUGAGCUAGAUGAGUCUUUUGGAAACUUUGUUAUCAAUACAAGAAAUGGAUUCAGGGAGCUUGAGAUUCCAAAAACUUUGUUGUCGAGGAAUCAGGACAUGGUCUCAACAUCAAUUGGGAUGAGUAGCAGCAGUGAAGAUUUUCAUGUUUUGGAAAAUACAAAGGAGCUCAAACAAACAUUAAAAGAUUAUAUGCGUCAGAAAUCAGAUCUGUUUAAAUCCAGUAGAUUGGAUAAUGACAAGAUAAAAUUGGGUAUGGUAGGAUGGAAAGAAAGAUAUUACAAGGAGAAAUUUUCUGCAGACUGCCCUGCAGAUGUUGCAAACAUCCGGAAAGCAAUUGUUAUGAAAUAUACAGAAGGCCUUUGUUGGGUCCUUCAGUACUAUUUUUCUGGGGUUCCAUCCUGGACAUGGUAUUAUCCAUACCACUACGGUCCAUUUGCUUCUGAUCUGAAGGGACUGACUCAGGUCAACAUAAGAUUUCAGAUUGGCUUUCCACUCAAACCAUUUGAACAACUAAUGGCUGUACUGCCGCCUGGAAGUGUUCAUGCACUCCCUAAGGCUUACUGGAAGCUGAUGAUUAGCAAGGAAUCCAGAAUAAUAGAUUUUUAUCAAACAGAUUAUGAAGUUGACACUGAUGGUAAACGUUAUAUGUGGCAGGGAAUUGCCAAGCUCAAAUUUAUUGAGGAAAACCGUCUUCUAUUGGAGACAAAACAAUUGGAGAAAGAAUUAAAGGACGAUGAAGCUAAUAGGAACUCUCAAAUGAUUGAUAAAUUGUUUAUAAGUUCUCAUGAGAUGGUAACACAAGUAUUGUCUAUGUAUCAUGAGUACAAAUCAUGCAAAGAAAAGAUAAAUUUCAGGAAACCCAUUGAUAGCAGUUCCAGUGGUGGACUUAAUGGCUUUAUCUGCCCUUGUAAUGAGGAUUUGGCUAUGGAAGGAAAAGAAGGAAAUGCUGUGAUGUGUGUUUUAUAUGAAUGCCCUGAUUAUCAUCUGCACACUCCACGUUUACUUAGUGAUGUUAAAGAGCCUGAAAAGAUGAUAACUGAAGCAGACAUUACAAAGACAGAGUUAUGGCAUGAAUAUGACGGUGCACAGCCCAGAAAUAGGUCACAGAUUCAGCAUAGAAAUGUAACAGCACAAAACAGGCCUAUAAUCUCUUCCUCCGGAGCUAAUUUGCCAAAAGUGGAACAUAAGGGAGCUGGUUCUGGCUGGGGUGGUGGUAGGGGAAUUGGGUCUCAUGAACUGUUCAAUGAUAGCCAGAAAUUUGGUUCUUCUUCAAGAGGAUUAUCUUCAAUGAAUAGUGGCAAUGGAUUCAAGGGUUCUUGGGGGAGAGCAGAAGUGAAGGAGUUAGGUUAUGGUCACAGUGUUGGCAGAGCAAAGGAAAAUCCCCAAUAUUACAAUACCAAAUAUACACCACCACCAGUCCAGUCCUCAACCAGAGGAAGUUGGAGAGCAGUACCUUCUCGUGGGGGAAGCCCUGAGUCUUCAGAGCCGCCUGUUGCAACUUAUGGUCGGGGUAGCAGCUUUGGGAGAGGGAGAGGGAGAGGGAGAGGGAGGGUGGAUUGA